AUGGACCGGUUCCCUGACCUGGAGAAGGAGGAUGCGCUGGACUGUCCUCCAUCGCCACGUCGCCUCUGGGGCCUCCCACGCUCCUUGAACGCUGUGUUGCGGCUUUGUGCUAUUGUCGCGCUUGUGAUAUUUAUUUGGCUAUACACUCUAUCUGGACUGCUGAGCCUCCGCUGGCGCCCUAGUCUCAACGGUUUCCCCGAGUGUCACAGUGCAGUUGACUGGUUCGAAAGCCCCGCCAGCACAACAACCAAGAAUCCGAACUUCCGCAAGCACUACAAGGCAGUUAUCCGACUCCCCCUCGACGCGCCUCAGCUCGUCUUUCUCGCGGACGCCCCUCUUGCCUCGGGGACCUUCCAUGUCGUCCCCGAUGCGCCAUAUGGCACGACAAGCGCUAUCGUCGAGGUCGACGCUUACUACAAUGACCGUGCGGCAUUUGACGCAUUGUCGCUUUGUCGCAUAAACAAGCUCGGCAAGCACGGGCUUGGAAUUCAUACUCCUACGCCCUGGCUUGGUCCCGACGUUGACAUCGACAAGCCAUUGGAUGUAUCGGUCCGCGUCCGCGUCCCUGUGCCAAAGUCCGGCGCGGCGCUCAAGUUGAACAAGCUCACGACUCAGAUGGGUUCUUUCGGGCAGUAUCUUAACCGACUCAGAGAUGUUCACUUCGACGAAAUCGACAUCGAAGGCGUCAAUGCUUUCAUUCAGCCUGAUUUCCUGGUCGCGAACACCAUCUCCGUGAAGACAACGAAUAGGCUCCUAGUCGGCCAGUUCAAUGUGACACGAUCCCUGACGCUCCACAACGAGAAUGAGAGGGUGUCGGCGGUGGUACACGCGUUCAACGACGCAGAGCCCGGUGGAGACGCUACGAAGGUAUCGCUCCGGACGACCAACUCGUACCUGGCCGGGACCCUGCACCUCCACUCGACCGUCCCCGCCGCCGCUCCUGGCGCAUGGCCGUCUCUUGGCGGGAACUUCCACGUCGACGCCCGCGCCAACGGCGAGCACCUCUGGCUCCAAUUCCCCGCCCUCCCCCCAGACGCGCGCCUCAAGCUCGAUGCGGCCAACGGCAACUCUCCCACAGACAUCACACUCCACCCCGCCUUCGAAGGCACGUUCUCGCUCGACGCCUCGGAGGCGCCGGACGUGCGCUGGGGCGAGCGCGUGAAGGACCCGAAGGGGCUCGGGCGGACGCGCGUGGCCAACGUGAGCGAGACGGACGACGGCACGACGGAGGGCAGCGUGGAGUGGUCUCCAUGGACGCACGGGGAGGGCGCGCGGCGAGACGCCGUCCUGCCCGUGGCGCCCAGCGGGACUCGGGGCGAGUUGGAUGUUCGCGACGUGUAUUUUUACUUGGAGGUGGCCGCAAUUCAGUCUGUGGGGCUCCAGGCCCCAGAGUGGCCAGUCUCGAAGGAGAUCAACUUGAACCUCGCGAACGGCGCCAUGUACGUCCGCGCCCACCUCAAGCCGGAGAACGACCCCGACGUCGCCGGCGCGCCCACGACCGCCUCGUUCACCGCCGCCAACGGGUGCGCCCAUCGCUCUCCGGAAUAUCCUGUGCACAUCCCGGCUGGCGCUUCCAGGGUACUCGCUAUUCCGGGCGCGUUCGUGGACCGUGGUUCAUACAAUAUUGGGAUGCAGAGAUACUAG